AUGAUAUCUACAUGUGAAUCGGCAAAAGAAUCAUGGGAGAUUUUGGAGAUUGCUCACGAGGGAACUGCCACCGUCAGACAAUCCAAACUGAAUAUUCUCACAACCAGGUUUGAAAAUCUUCGAAUGCAUGAAAGUGAAACUAUUUCUGAAUUUAAUUCACGGUUGUGUGAUAUAGCUAAUGAAUCCUUUGCUCUUGGUGAAAAAAUUCCCGAAGCAAAACUUGUCAACAAGACGUUGAGAUCUUUAUCACAGAGAUUCGCCUACAAAGUCACUGUUAUUGAAGAGGCGAAAAACACUGAGACUAUGAGACUUGAUGAAUUGAUGGGAUCACUGAGGACAUUUGAAAUGAAUCUAAGUCAAAAUAAGAAGGAGAAAGAGAUUUCUCGGGGGAUUAUUUUUCAAGCCGAAGUGGAAGAUAAUGUUGAAGAAGAAGAUGAAGACUUAGCGGAAUCUCUUGCUCAAUUGACUAAAAUUUUCAAUAGGGAGUGCAACGGUUACAGUCACAUUCAGUCUGAGUGUGCUAACACUCUCAAAAAGAGGAAGAAGUCUCUCAACAUCACAUGGAGUGAUGAAGAUUCUGAAGGCAACCAGGAAGAUGAUGAUCAUGUGAACAACUAUGUUGCGUUUAAUGAACGAGUCGAUGAGCUUAUUAAAGAGAAUGAUGUACUUAAGAGUACUGCUAUAAACUAUGAAUUUCGAGCUGUUGAAAAGGAGAAAAAGCUGCAGGAGACAAGAGGUGAAUUGGAGCACACUCAAAAGUCAUUGAAGAUGAUGAAUUUGGGCACCUCAAAAUUGGAUCACAUUCUCUCAAAAGAAAAAGCGAGUGGUGGUCGACAUGGCCUUGGCUAUAUUGGUGAGAGCUCAACAUCCAAAACAGUGUUUGUGAAGAAGACGCCUGCUCCCAAGCCUCCGACUUCAUCCAGUAAGAAGCUAGAUAUGGAGACCAUGAGGGACUUUGUUGAUCGAGGCAUGAAUUUUGAGCGUCUAGCUAAAAAGGAGGAUAGGCUGAAAAGGAAACUGAAACAACUUGAAAGCAGAGAAGAAGAUAUAAAGAAAGAGUUGGAAUAUGCGGAGCGAUUACAAUUGAAGAGAAGGAAAACAAAGAUAUCCAAAGAAACAAGAUGGUACAGCUAUGGACUGCGGGAAACCACGGAUGAACUUAUAACUGAAGCCACGGAACUCAUUCAACAGAGUAGAUUUCAUGAUGGACUGACACUUAAAUCAGAUGAGAGCCGAGAAAUUUCAUUGCUUACAACAGAAGUGGUUGGUCAAAUGUUUCAAAGAAAUAAGGAUAUGAUUCAGAAGUUCUUAAUGAAUGAUGACAUCUCAAUUAUUGGCAUCCAUGGAAUGGGGGGAGUUGGUAAAACAACCUUGGCCCUACAUAUCCACAACCAACUUCAAAGGCAUCCAGCCAUUUCUGUUUUUUGGAUAACAAUGUCACAAAGUUUUAGCAUUCUAAAAUUGCAGGAUAUCAUUGCAAACAAGGUGCAUCUAGAUCUUUCAAAUGAGGAUGAUGAGAGAAUACGUGCAUCAAUUCUAGCAUCGGCCUUGGAAAGAAAGAGGAACUUUGUUUUCAUUUUAGACGAUGUGUGGCAAGAUUUUUCCCCGGAUGAGGUGGGAAUUCAUGUUGGUGUAAAUGGAUGUAAGUUGAUUUUGACAACUCGAUUAUUGGAUGUGUGUUGGAAGAUGGAUUGUGAAGUAGAAGUCAAAGUGAAGCCCCUUUCAGAUGAAGAAGCCUGGGAAUUAUUUGUGAAGAAACUUGGGGGUGAGUCUACUCUUCCACCUCAGAUCGAAAAAAUUGCAAUGAGUGUGGUGAAGGAAUGUGCUGGUUUGCCACUUGGGAUUAACAUAAUGGCACGAAGUAUGAAAGGAGUGGACGACAUAUGCGAAUGGCGUAAUAUGCUUGACAAUUUGGAAGAAUCAAGAAUUGGCCAAGAUGACAUGGAAAAGGUAUUUCGUGUGUUGAAAUAUAGCUACGAAAUGUUGAAUGAUCCAAAACUGCAACAAUGUUUUUUAUAUUGCUCCCUAUAUCCUGAAGACUUCAAAAUUGAUAGAGAAAUGUUGAUAGAGCACUUUAUUGAUGAAAGGUUGAUUGAUGGGAUGAAUAGUAGGCAAGCAGAGUUUAAUAGAGGUCACACAAUAUUGAACAAACUUGAAAAAGCUUGCUUACUGGAAGGUGGAAGGGACGAUGAUGGAAAAAGGUUUGUCAAAAUGCAUGAUUUGGUAAGGGACAUGGCCAUUCAAAUUGCAAGUACAAGUCCCUUGUUUUUGGUACAAGCUGGAGUGAGUUUAAAAGAGAUACCAAAAGAUGAAAAGUGGAAAGAGAAUCUUGUACGAGUCUCUUUGAUGUGCAAUAGAAUAUCAAAUAUUUCUUCUGCUGCAUCACCAAGGUCUCCAAACGUGGUUACGUUGCUGCUGUGCCAAAAUUUUCAACUUAAUGGUAUUCCUGAUUGCUUCUUUUCGCAUAUGAAACGGCUCACGGUUCUCGAUUUAUCAGACACAUCAAUUGAAAAUCUUCCUAAUUCAGUAUCUGAUUUAGGAUCUCUGAGUAGCCUAUUGCUUAGAGGAUGUUGGAGAUUGAAAAAUGUUCCCUCGUUCGUGAAUUUCAAAAACUUGAGAAGGUUGGACUUGCAGAAAACAGGACUCACAGAAUUACCUCAAGGCAUAGUCUCAUUGGUCAACUUGAGAUACCUUAACCUUGACACAAGAACCUUAAAGAGAAUACCUGAGGGAGUUUUAGCGAAACUAUCUCAUCUCCAGUACCUUGUCGUUCAUGAGUUUGAAUCAUACACAUCACACUUGAAAGGAGAGGAGGUCGCAAAUUUAAGAGAGCUGGAAACUUUUAAAGGCCAAUUUUACGACAUUAAGAACUUGAGCACAUACGUAAGGUCUCAAGGAGGAGGAGGCCCUGAUAAGUACCUUGUUCAAGUGGUUUUGGAGGGACCAGACUUUAAGUCCAAGUUGUUCAAGGACUGUGUCAAUGCGUAUGAUAAAGCCGUAUCUUUGAGACUUUGCAGCAUAAGGCAAAGCGAAAACAGAGGCGACUCUCUUGUGCUCCCUAAAGACAUUCAAGUUUUACAUAUUAAACGUUGCAAUGAUACACCAAGUUUGUGUGCUGUUGCAUCCUUUAAGAGGGCAAAACAUUUGAAGAAGUGCCUUAUUGAUUGGUGUGAUGGAGUGGAACAAGUACUUUACAGUUCAUCUUACAGUCUUCCUCCUUUUCAAAGUCUUGAAUCCCUGUGCCUAAAAAAUUUGAUGAACUUGAGAGUUUUGGCUAGGAGAGGGAGAGGUGCAAUUCAUUCACCAGCAGUCCCGACUGGCACUUUCUCCAAUCUCAAAGAAUUCUCAAUCUUUGGUUGUCCAAAUGUGAAGAGAAUAUUUCCACCUGCCUUACUUCUGAACCUCCAAAACUUGGAAGUAUUGAGCAUUGAGUUUUGUGAGCGGAUAACAGAAAUAGUUGAAGCAGCUGCUGAAGGCGAAGAUCAUGAAGCGACAAGUUCCGCCGUUGUAACUCUUCCCAAAUUAAGGGAAAUAGCAUUGAGGCGCCUUCCAGAACUGAGGGACUUCAGCAACACUGGGAAGCAUGUGUUUUCCAAUGCUUUGGAAUGCAUCAAGAUAAAAGACUGUCCACAGCUACAAAGGUUACCUCUUCUUAGGGAAGAACCAUAUCGUCCCCAUUGUCUUCGGAAGAUUCAAGUGCAGAAAAUGUGGUGGGACAUGCUGGAGUGGCAACAGCCUAGUGUUAAAGAUGUUCUUCAACCUUUCUGCGACUUUUCCGAGGAAUGGUGAUAAAUUGCCCAGAUAUCUUAUCUAUGUUCUCUUUGAUGGCGUUCCUCCCCGGAGUUCGUGAAUUCUUUAAUUGCUCGCGAUGCCUCCAGCCUUCGAAUAGGGGCAAUAAUCAUGCACUUUUUUUCGCUGUUUGGGUUUUUGGUAUUUGAGCUUUACCGGUCAAGUUUUUUAAUA